UAAUGAUCCCUCCUUCUCAACUACUUGCAUUCACUUUCUGUGUAUUUAGCAAUGCUGAAUGAAUCCACUUUCUAUUCUUCUUUUGUAAAGUACCACUUUUUCUUUCACUAAGGCUUUAACAAUAUUCUUCAACAAUGUCUCAUGCUUCUUCUUCCAAAAUUUGCAAGUAUGAUAUUUUUUUGAGUUUUAGAGGUGAAGAUACGCGUAGAACCUUUGUGAGUCAUCUCUAUAAGGCUCUGGAACAAAGAGGAAUCCACACUUUUAAAGACGAUGAGUGGUUGGAAGCAGGAAAAUCAAUUUCUGCUGAACUUUUAAAAGCCAUAGAAGAUGCCAGAUUCGCUGUCGUGAUAUUUUCAAAAAGCUAUGCAUCCUCAAGAUGGUGCUUAGAGGAGCUUGCACAUAUCAUAAAGUGUAAAAAGGAAUUGGAGCAGAUUGUGAUUCCAGUCUUCUAUGAUGUGAGCCCAUCAGAUGUACGCCAUCAAAAUCCCCCAUUCGCUGAUUCAUUUUCCCAACACAAAGAUGAUAUGGAGAAGGUUCAAAGAUGGAGGGAUGCAUUUGUGGAGGCAGGGAAAAUAUCAGGCUAUCAUUUACUAAAUUUCAAAGAUGAGGCAGAGUGCAUCAAGAAACUAGUUGAUGACAUAUUUCCUAAGUCACUUCAAAUUCUUUCACCUUUCCCGGAAAGCUUAGUGGGUAUGAAAUCUCAGGUUGAGAAAGUAACCUCAUUAUUAGAUAUGGAAUCAAAUGAUGUUCGCUCUAUUGGUAUUUGGGGUAUGGGCGGCAUCGGCAAAACAGAACUUGCACGUGUUCUAUAUGAAAGAUACCGUCAUCAAUUUGAAGCCGAUUGUUUUCUUGGUGGCGUUGGAACACUUCAUCAGAAAAAUGGACUAGCAUGGCUGGCACAAGUCGUCAUUCACAAGCUCUUGGGUGAAAAGAUGAGUCUAACUAGUGAACAUGAAGGGGUGAUUAUUUUAAAGAAUAGGCUUCGCUGGAAGAAAGUUUUGUUCAUUCUCGAUGAUGUAAACCACCGAGAACAGUUGGACUUUUUAGUUGGAGGGCCAGAGUGGUUUGGAAUGGGUAGCAAAAUUAUUUUAACAUCAAGAGACAAGCACCUGUUAAUCAGUCACGUUGGGGAUAACGUGUAUGAAGUCCAACUAUUAUCUGAGGAUGAAGCACUUGAAUUGUUCAGUAAGCAUGCUUUUAAAGAAAAAUCACCAAAAGAAGAUUUUAUGGAACUUUCAAAACAAGUGGUGAAGCAUGCUGGUGGACUCCCUUUAGCGCUUAAAGUUUUGGGUUCUUUAUUUUACAGACGAGACAAAAAGCACUGGAAACCCAUAAUUGAUCGGCUGAAGAGAAUCCCUCACAAGGAUAUUCUAGGAAAGCUUAGGCUUAGUUUUGAUGGUCUGGACAAAGAUGAGAAGGAAUUAUUUCUAGAUAUUGCAUUUCUUGAUAUUGCAUGCAUGACUAGAUAUAAAUUUCAUCUUUGUGUGGAACAAGUACGGAGAGACGCGAGUCGUGGUUUUCUAAUAGAUUACCUUAUCGAAAAAUCUCUGUUAUCCAUUGACUUGAAAAAUAGUAUCGUGAUGCAUAAUAUGAUAAGAGAAAUGGGUGAAAAUGUCAUACGGGAAGAGUACGCCAACAACAGAAUAUGGCUUCCUGAGGAGGUUUGUGACCUUUUUAAAGGAAAGUUGAUAACAGAAAAGGUGGAAAGCCUAUGUAUCCCACAUGAUUGCUAUUUUAAAGAUGAUCUUGUUGAUUAUAGCAAUAUUUUCAAGAGGAUGCAAAGCUUAAAAAUACUCAUAGUUGGUAAUGGAACUUUUAGCUCAAAUUGCGCUAUCACGUAUCUUCCUUCCAGCCUGCGGUUUAUUGAUUGGUGGUGGUAUCCUUCAAUUUCAUUGCCAGAGAGCUUUGAACCAUUACAGCUUGUUGUGCUUUGUUUAUGUGAAAGUAGGCUUGUUGAACUUUGGCCAAAAUCAAAGAAAUUGAGCAAUUUGAAGCAUUUGAAUCUAAGCAAAAGCCUUGGGUUGACAAAACCCCCUAAUUUUGGUGAUAUGCCAAUCUUGGAGAGACUAGAUUUAGAGGGGUGUGUGAAUUUGGAAGAGGUCCAUCCCUCUCUUGGACAUUGCAGAAUGCUUACUUAUUUGAGUUUGUAUGGUUGUCGCAAACUUAAGAAGCUUCCAAAAUUUGUCUGCAUGGAUUCUCUUGAGACUCUCAAUCUCAGUGAAUGCACAAGGUUAGAAGAAUUUCCAGAAAUCUGUGGAGAUAUGCUGCGCUUAUCAAGACUCUAUCUAGGAUCCCCCUGGAUAAGAAGCUUACCCCCAUCUCUCAGCGGCCUUAGAGUGCUGCAAUUGGGUGAUUGUGAAAUUCUUGAAUGUAUUCCAGACACUAUUCGAAAUCUUAGUGAUUUCACUAUUUCAGGUUGCAAUAAACUUGCAACACUGCCAAACAGCCUCUUCGAAUCACAGCUAUUGAAAUCUCUUAAAAUAUACCGAUGUUCUGGAUUGGUAAAGCUCCCCGUAUCUCUUGGAGUUCAAAAGAAUCUCCGUUGGUUAGAGAUAGAUAGAUGUGAGAACUUAAAGAAGCUUCCAAGUUCUAUUCACAUGGAAUGCCCUCUACUGCUCAAGAUAUCUAAUUCCCCAAAAUUAGAUACAUUUCCAGAAAUCAAAGGAGAUAUGCAUUACUUGAAAAGACUGACUCUGAAGUCUAGUGGGAUAAGAGAAGUGCCUUUAUCCAUUAGGAAUCUGAGCGGUCUCACUGAGCUAAAUCUGGAAGGUUGUGAAGAUCUUGUAAGUCUACCAGACAGCCUCUGUAAUUUGAUGAAUCUUCAACAACUUUUCCUCAGAGGGUGCAAAAAGUUAGAGAAGCUUCCAGAAAACAUGGGCGAUUUGCAAGAGUUAUAUAUGCUUGAUGUGAGCGAAACUGCAAUAUACCAACCACCUCCCUCCAUCACCAAGCUUGGGAAACUGAUAAUUUUAGGCUUGAGUGGACUUUUUGAGGAUUUAGGAUCUCUGCACUCUUUGGAAAGCUUGAGUUUAAGUGGAAGCAAUAUUUCUUGUUUACCAAAAAGCCUUAAAGGACUCUUACACCUUCAGAGUCUGAACAUACACUUCUGUCAGAAUCUUAAUGAACUGCCAUCAGGAGAGCUACCCCCAAAUUUAAUGCUUCUAUUUGCAGAUUAUCAUUUAGCCUUGAAGAGCAUAAGAGAUCUUGUAAUUGAUUCUCUUAAGCUGUAUAGGCUCGUAAUAUCCGACUGUGGAGCCGUCUCAAGUGAACAAGUUAAUGUGUUCCUACAGCAUUUUCUCAGGACAUGCAUCCAGUGUGACUUCCAUCAACGGGAUUAUUUUGUCAUUUCUUUUCCUGAUCAAGUCAGAAUUCGAGAGUUGUUUGAUUAUGAUCGGUUUUUAAAUAAAAAAGAGAUCUCAAUUGAUCUGAACCCAUCUUGGUAUACGGAUAAAUUCAUGGGUUUUUGGUUAUGUUACGGUCCUACUGAACUGGACACAACAUUAAAAGCUACAUUGAUCAGCAAAUCUGACCCUGAAAGAAAAUAUUCCUUGGAGUAUAACAUCAUCCAUCAAGAUUUUAGGUUGAAGGAUCCUUCCAUUUGGUUCUUGUACAUACCAUUUGAAACAUUGUGGAAUUGUUCUGGCAAUAAAGAAGGGAAGAAUCCAAAUGAUUAUUACAUGUUGGAGUUUUCUCACAUGUUCUGGCCUGAGAAAUGCUGCUGGGGAAUUCGGCUGGUGUAUGAAGAGGAAGCAAUGAGUGAUAGUGGUCAUAGAAAAAAGAAAAGAAGAAGCAAUGAGUGAGGCAAAGGUCUGUUUAUAUGUAAAAGGUUAUUUGGAUUUGGAGAGACAUUUUUAAUUUGAAAAUUAAUCAUAUAUCAUAUAUAUUAUUCAAAGUAGGAAGCUCCCAACUUCAAAGUUGAA